AUGGCAUUGUCACCUGCUCCACAGAAAGAUCACAUAGAGUGGCAUCCGGCCUCGUUGCUCAACGAGGACCGAGCUACGCAGCGCUUCGCUCUCUUGAUUCUUAACCAGCCCUUAAGAGAUGUUGAGACCCUGAAAAGAUUAUGGGCCAACGCAUCACUGCGUGUUGCCGCAGAUGGAGGUGCAAAUCGUCUGUAUAGCUUGCGCGGGAGAGACCAAAACAAAGAUGACGAGGACGCAUUUCCAUUCGUAACCCUGGAUGUGAUAAUAGGCGACCUGGAUUCUCUUACCGACACGACACGGGAAUACUACGAGGCCGUUCACCCCUCCAUGAAAGUUAUCCAUGAUUCAGACCAAUACAGUACGGAUUUUACAAAGGCUGGACGAUAUGUCCAAGCCGCCCGUGGUGGGGCUAUGGAUAUUGUAGCCAUGGGUGGUCUGGGAGGACGCGUUGACCAAGGUCUCAGUCAAAUACACCACCUCUACAUGUUCCAGACGUCGCCAACCUACGAGGAAGGCAAAAUGUACCUUGUUAGUGGCGAGAGCCUGACCUUUGUUCUGAAGGCGGGAAGCCACAAGAUCCAUGUGCGAGAACAGAGACCAGGCGCGGAGGCCGGCCAACCAGCAGAGGAAGUUUUUGACAAGUAUGCUGGAAUUGUGCCGGUCAAGGAGCCGAGUCUCAUCACACUCAAGGGCUUCGAGUGGGACGUCGAAGAUUGGCCAACGGAGUUUGGCGGCCAGAUCAGUACGAGCAAUCACGUGUUGCCGGAAAGCCAGUUUGUGGAAGUCAUAACAAGUAAAGAUGUUAUUUUCACCAUCGCAUUGAAGGGCCGAGGCGACAAGGGGUAG